AUGGCGGAUGGAAGACGCGGUACCCCAAAAUGUAGCCCAGAGGUUCGUAUUGGGAACUACAUAAUCGGAGAAACACUUGGUGUCGGAACUUUCGGAAAAGUCAAAGUUGGAAUUCAUAAAUCUACCGGUGUGCAAGUUGCUGUAAAGAUAGUGAACAGGGAUAAAAUCAAAGCUCUCGAUGUCGCCGGCAAACUACGUCGCGAAAUCCUCAAUCUUUGGCUUUUCCGACAUCCCCACAUCAUCAAGUUGUAUCAAGUCAUUAGUACUCCAACUGACAUAUUUAUGAUAAUGGAGUAUGUCAGUGGAGGAGAAUUAUUCGAUUACAUAGUGAAGUCUGGAAGACUCUCUGAGAAAGACGCUAGAAAGUUUUUUCAGCAAAUAAUUUCCGGAGUCGCCUACUGUCAUCGUCAUAAGGUUGUACAUAGAGAUUUAAAGCCAGAAAAUUUGUUGCUGGACUCAAACCAGAACGUAAAGAUUGCCGACUUCGGAUUGUCCAAUAUAAUGCAAGAUGGUGAGUUUCUACGUACUUCUUGUGGAUCCCCAAACUAUGCUGCCCCUGAAGUAAUAUCUGGGAAGUUAUAUGCUGGUCCGGAAGUAGAUGUAUGGUCCUGUGGAGUAAUUUUGUAUGCAUUGCUAUGUGGCACACUUCCUUUUGAUGAUGAACAUAUACCUACACUUUUUAAAAAAAUCAAAGCAGGCUAUUUCCAUUUGCCAGAAACUUUGAGUUCAGGUGUCAGGGAUCUUCUUCGAAGGAUGAUAACUGUGGACCCGAUCAAGCGUGCAACCAUAGAAGAAAUCAGACGACAUCCGUGGUUCUCAGUUGAUCUUCCUAGUCAUCUUUUCCCUCAAGAACGCGAUGAAGAUGCGUCAAUAAUUGACAAGGAAGCAGUUUAUGAAGUUUGUCAAGCGUGCAAUGCAACAGAACGUGAAGUUUUCGCUGCCUUACUAAACAAUGAUCCUAGUGAUCAAUUAUCAGUUGCUUAUCAUCUUAUCAUAGACAAUAAACGUUUCGGAUCAGUUUUAAAUCCAGAAGAAGUGAAUAACUUUUAUGUUGCCACUGGGAUUGAUUCAUCAACCUCAUCAGUAGCAGCAACAACAACAAAUACAUCGAAUAGUCCACCCAGUGGUGGUACAUUGACUCAUUCUCAGCCUGGUGGUGGUCGAAGUCAAUCAUUAAGUCCAAAUUAUGGUAACAAUACUGGCAUGAUUGGAUUAAAAGGUAGAGGUAUUUCUCCAACACGACCUCAUCCAGAAAGAAUGCCUGAUGGACCACCGUUAUCGAGAACAUUAGAUCCAAUGGGGGAUUCGUUGACACCUGGAUCAAUUGUUACAGGUGAUUUGAAUUGUCCAAGUCAAAUUUCUUCUCAAGCACAAUCAGCUAUUACAUCGGGAGCUGCAGCGGCCAGUGGAAUGAAACGUUUUAAAUGGCAUUUAGGUAUACGUUCUCAAUCAAGACCAUGGGAUAUUAUGCAUGAAGUAUUUAAAGCAAUGAAUUCACUUGGUUAUGAAUGGAAAGUUGUUAAUCCGUUUAAUGUACGUGUAAGAAAAUGGAAUUCAAUACUACAGCAUUAUUCUCGACUUGUAUUACAACUUUAUCAGGUCGAUGCAAGAUCAUAUCUCCUCGAUUUUAAGUGUAUCGAUGAAAGUCAAUUAGAAUCUGAAACAGCGAUGGGUAGACUACGUUCAAACAAUAUGUCAGUAUGCCUUGAUGCUUGUAGUGGAACUCCUCCAGCUGCUAUGGGUACUUCAACAUGUAGUAGAGAUGGUAGUUUUUCUGGUAGCACUGGAUCUGCUAGUCCAACCAAUUGCUACGAUGGUCCAAAUACAACUGAAUUUUCUCGAUCGUUUUCAGCUAAUUGUCAGGAAGUACCGAUUAACCGAAGAACUAAACGACACCAAACAAUGGAAUUUUUUGAAAUGUGUACUGAACUUAUUACUACAUUGGCUCGAUGA